AUGGACAAAAACCAGCAACGAAGCACGCGUUGCACGAGGCCCGUGAAGAUCGGCAUCGGCGUGUUCGUGGCGGCGGUGGUGAUCGCCGUGGUCGUCAUAGUACUCGUGGGCGUUGCAAGUAACAAGGACACCGGUGAAACACCAACGCCUGAGUUUGAGUUUGAAGAAAUCUGCGUCGUGGAACCACCAUCUCUCAGAAAACAAGUUAAGAUCACAUGCGAUUUUCGUGACACCGCAAACGUGGAUCCGGAUAUUCGGGAUAAGCUGAAAGCAGCGACCAUAGACGCCGCCGCCACCACCGUGAAACUAAAUGGAAGAGAUGAUCUUUUUAAGUUUACUUGCUCCGGGAAGACCAACAUGAUCACGUGCUUUGGACCCAAAGUCACGUGCUCGUUCAAGGGAAUGCUCGAUAUUUCGAUCAUCGAUUCGAAAGGUCACGACGUCUUCUCCAACAAAACAUAUAUAGCAGUCGCAGGUAAAUUUACUGGAAAGAAAAGAAACAUAAUUUCACGGCACGGGUUUCUAAGAAAACUAAAUAUGCAGAUAUCUUCCCUCAACAGUCUAGACUAUAGAACUACGUAG